AUGGCCGGCAUUUUUCGAACCAUCUACGACUGGCUGUUGCGCAUGUUUUGGGCGACUGAAAUGGAUGUCACCAUGAUUGGUCUCCAGAACGCUGGCAAGUCUUCGUUGCUUCGUGUUUUAGCUGGAGGAGAGUUCACAAUCGAUUCCAUACCCACUAUUGGCUUUAACACCAAAAAGGUCCAGAAGGGCCAUGUGACGUUGAAAUGUUGGGAUUUGGGAGGUCAACCGCGAUUCCGACCGAUGUGGGAACGAUAUUGUCGUGGGGUAAACGCUAUAGUAUAUAUCGUCGAUGCUGCCGACCACGCAGCAUUACCCGUUGCAACUGAAGAAUUACAUGAUCUCCUAGACAAACCGAGUCUAGACGGUAUCCCCCUGUUGGUGCUGGGCAACAAGUCCGAUCUCCCCAACAAGUUGUCUGUUGAUGAGCUGAUUGAAGAGAUGGAUCUCAAAUCCAUUGUUCGGCGCGAAGUAAGCUGUUAUGGAAUCAGCGCAAAGGAGGAGACGAAUCUGGAUGCAGUGUUGCGUUGGUUGAUUGCGAGGGCGAGUCGGUAG